AUGAAAUUGGGGCGGGAUGCACGUAGCCUCUGUGAAAGAGAUGUCGAUGGCUCUUCAGAAAAUCGACAACGGACCCUUAGAACCUCCUCCUCUAAUCAGUUGCAGCAAAAAUGCAGUCCCGUACAAACCCUCCUGUCUUCCUCAAAGCAUACCCUAGGCUUCUCCGAUAUUGACUGCCUCAUUACUGAAACGGCCAGCCUCUCGAUUUGCGAAGACGUACACGAGACUGCUGGUCAGCAGACCGCUGGUACUUUAGUUUCGGCUAAUACAUCGGCUGCUGAGAAUAAGAUCAUUGUAAGCAUUGUCAAUGCGCCGAAUGAGCUUCUGGACCGAGCUCGUCUCCUUUAUGAAGAGGAGAAGAUUGCAGAAUCGUUGGCGCUUCUAGAGCAGGCUUACAGCCUUGAUCCUAAUCCCAAGACGGCGCGCAAAAUUGCACGUCUCAAGGAGGCCCUUGCUGAGCAGAACGAGUUCGAGGCAGAGGCGGCGCGGAAGUCGUCUGUCAACUUGGAGAGGAGGGCGCGGGCGCUUUUUCACUGCAAGGAUUAUCGCGGCACUCUCAAUCUACUCCUUGAGGCGGACAAACUUUGUCCGAGUGAUAAACUCAAGCGGAGAAUAGGCCGUCUGCGGGACCUUAUGGCUGAGGAGGAACAGGAGAACGACGACCGUGAUAAAGUCGACAAAGACGACGACACUGACGCUUUAAUUCACAGCACGGCUAAUCUCUCUCUCAAAGCUCAAAAAGCUGUAGGUGGCGGAAACGUAAUUGAGCUGGCUGAGGGUUUUUUUCUUCCUCGUGGAUUGUACGAACAGCUCUACCCUUACCAACGUGAAGGUGUAUCUUGGCUUUGGAAUCUACACAAAAGCGCUCCCGGUGGUAUUCUUGCUGACGAUAUGGGUCUCGGCAAAACACUACAGACAAUCACCUUUUUAACGGGCUACUUCCUCUCCGAAGAAGCAACAAAGAAACCGCCCACCGCGAUAAUUCUUGCUCCUGUCUCCGUCCUACAAACUUGGCAGUCGGAAUUUAGCAAGUGGUCUCCCUCUAUGCGCCUUAUAAUCUACUACGAGAUGGUCAAAAAUGCGCGUCGUCACGCUCUCCUUUCUUUCCAAAGUCGUGGUGGGAUCCUACUCACUACCUACAACAUGCUUGUCAGCGGUAUCCAGGACAUCGCCGCAGACCAGCACUACCAUCAGACUGAACCACCCACUUGGCUCUCUUCCAGUGAUCCCCGUCUCUACACCCGAGCCUUCACCUACGACUACGUUAUUCUUGACGAGGCACAUCGUAUCAAGAAUCCUUCAACAAAGGUUGCCAAGGCUGUGCGUACCCUCGACUGCCACCACCGCCUCCUCCUCACUGGCACUGCGAUUCAAAACAAUCUGCGCGAACUCUGGUCUCUCUUCGAUUUUACUCAUACAGGUUGUCUACUGGGUAGUCAGAAGACAUUUCUUUUGCAAUACGAGAAGCCCAUCCUCCGCUCUAGGGACCGUGACGCCUCUGCAGCCGAACGGCUUCAUGGUAAUUUGAUGGCGGAGUCUUUGAACAAGAUUAUCAGGCCCUACCUUCUCCGUCGCACAAAACAGGACACGCUGACAAUAUUAUCAGCUGGUGCGAUGCCACAUAAGAACGAGAUCGUGGUGUGGGUUUAUUUGAGCAGUCUGCAAGAACAUAUUUACCGCAGUUUCCUCAAGCUGGAUCACGUGAAGGAACUUCUUUUCGGUGGAAAAACACAGCGUUCUCCGUUGGUAGAACUGACUAUUUUGAAGAAGCUAUGUGAUCAUCCGCGUCUUCUCUCCACCCAACAAUGUGCAAACUUAGGGCUAGAUGUCUCGAAAGCUCUCCCAGGGAGUGAAAUACGGGCGCCCUCGCACGAGGUCCUUCUGCAGGAAUCAGGAAAGAUGGCCUUUGUGGUGCGACUGCUGGAGCACUUUCAGAAAGAGGCUUUGCGAACUGGUGAACCAGUGCAUCGAACUCUUAUAUUCUCACAGUCCGUGCAACUGUUGAACAUGAUGGAGGUAGCAAUUUUGGGUCUCAACAGGGAUCUCAGUAGCUCCCCUGGAUUGAUGAUGCAUCGGGUUCUUCGGCUGGAUGGGCGCUUGAAGCCGGAUGAGAGGGUGGCUGUACUCAAGCAGUUUGCCCAUGAUCGGAGUUAUACGGCAAUGCUAUUGACUACACAGGUGGGCGGUGUGGGUCUGACUAUCACAUCAGCAGAUCGCGUAGUGAUUCUUGAUCCUUCUUGGAAUCCCUCAGUGGAUGCUCAGGCCGUGGAUCGUGUCUAUCGAAUUGGACAGCACUCUAACGUGGUCGUCUAUCGACUCAUUACUUGUGCCACAGUUGAAGAGAAGAUUUACCGUCGCCAAGUCUUCAAGGACUCCGUCAUUCGUCAAACCAUAGGUCGAGCAUCUGCCGAUCGGCCAGCGGACGCUGAUGUCACUGAUCCCUAUCGAUAUUUCACUCGACAAGAGUUGGUUGAACUAUUUAGUCUUGAUGAAAACGCCCGUUUUUCUGCUACGCAACGCCAAUUGGCUGAACUACACAACACCGCAGAACGGAGAACUUACCCCGAGUUGGAGUCCCAUCUAACCUUCUUAAAGUCCAUGACCGACUUGGUCUUCGAUAUAUCUGAUCAUGACCUUCUUUUUAGUCGGCAAGAUGAUGUUGAGCAUACGGAGGAAACUGUAUUUGAGAGGCUUUUUGCUGAGAACCGAUUGAAAGUGGGUGAGGCUGCUCUCAAGAUGGAGGCCGUGAAGGACUUUAAGGGAUCAAAAAAGAUUCAGCAACAGGUAUUCGCCCCCUCAAAACCUGCGUAUAGCCAACCAGCUGGGGAUAUUUUCAUACCAUCAAAGAGGGAUACUCAAAGGGCCAUGUUUAAUGCACCGAGAUGCGGCAAGACCGACUCCAUGAUUGCGACCAAUGUUAAUCCGGGAAACGAGUUAAAACAGACUUUUGACAGUGUAGGUGGGGUUUUGAGGGCUCCGGUAGCCGAACAACGGUUAAUGUCGGCUGAGCCCUUAUGUAGUUCUGUUAGUCCCGGCAAGUCUUCAUCGGCUGACCUUAUUGAACUGGAUCCAACUGAACUAGUCGAUGAUGCUGCUCUCGAAAAGUCUAUACAAAUGUUGUCGCUCAGAAAGAGUCUUGCUAUGUCAGGGAUCUUCUUGGGUGACGAAGCGGAGUCUCCCGUUAAGGAAAAUGAGCCAAAAGCCGAUGUCGUGGUCGGAGAUUCCUGCUGUGAGGAAACAGAUGAGGGGUCAAAGGAAGUUCAAGGGGCCAUCGUGGCGGAGACGUCGUCAGACUCAGUGGAAGUUAUUGAAGCAACCUUUUCAGGCAGCGAUUGA